UCCUCUCAGGCACAACAGCCUAUGCGCCAUAUUGUAACCUGUAACUUGAGAAGACAAAGGACGAAGCUAGUCAAAACAUUUGGACAUGGCGUGCGAGAAUGGGAUACAAAGUGUAUGGGAAAAAAUACAAGAGGUGAAGACAGGAGUUAAAGAGCUUGUAAGACUAACAAACCAAUGUAUCGAAACCCUACACCGACCUCUCUUCGUAGACAGCAUUGAGACACAGACUGCAAUCGACGAAAAUAAGAAUUCGGGCUGCUCCGACCCCCUCCCCCCCCCCUCCGCAAUCGCCACGAAAUGCAGCUUUGGGCAGCAAUAAAGAAAACAAGUAGCAAAUAUAUUUGGGGGUAGGAGGGGAAUGAAGCAAAUCUAUUCGGGGGGGGAGCUUCGGGGGGGGGAAGCUUUUUAGUCUUUCAGCUUCUGUCUACCUUUUCACAACUCCUUCACACAGUGAAAUCGGUCAAGUAAAUAAAUAAAAAAGCAAGAGUGCAUUCCCCUUCUUACUCAGCAGAAAGCUGGUUGCAAACCCAUGUGAGUUUUUUUUUUAAGACAAUGAGCAAUUCAAUCUGGCUUACUCAGGUUGAAACGUGUUCUAAUAUUUUCCUGCUAAGACCCCUUGAAUCCCUCCUAAAAGAAUAAAGACACCACAAUGUUGUUCAUAAACAAUAAAAAGAAAGUUUACUCAUGAUCAGGCAGUGCACAGUGUGAUCCUGGAAGGCAGGCUUAAGGCUUAAAGUUACAAGCAUAUACAAACAGGUUUACCCCAUAUGUAGGUUGACCUAGUGACUGCAGUUAGUAGUCCCGGAAGUUUGCAGGAUGAAAGGAAGAUGGAAAAGAGAGAGGCAGCAUGCCUUGUCCUUUUACCAGGUCUGGAAAGAGCAUGCCCACCCACUAGUCACAUGCAAGGAAGGAUGCUCCAGGCCAGGAGGAACAGGAAGUUUCAACAGGCUGGACCAGGACAUUCCCUUGCAUGUCCACUCUAGCAAAACAAGGAAUGAUGUACUUGACUGCUCUCAGGCUUUUGGGUGCCAAACUUGUCUUCCAAUAAGGUAAGAACACAAGCUGUGGUCUCCAGGGACGAGGGUUUCUUAAACCGCCAUGUCCAACAGGUAGAUCGUGAUCUACCAGUAGAUCACUGGACGUCUGUGGCAGAUCACUGGCUCCCCCCAAAGAAGCUCAAAAACUUUGGCUCCCCUAUAAAAAGCUCGACAUUUUUGCCCUGCACCCCUUAAAAAUGUGGCUUUCCUCCUCCCUAAAAGAAGCUCAACAACUGUGACCUGAACCCCUAAAAAGGGGGUAGAUCACCGCCAGGUUUUAACUCUGUGAGUAGAUCUCAGUCUCUUGGGAGUUUGCCCCCCCUGCAAUAGAACACACCCAAAGUGAAGAAAUAUUGGAGGAAAUAAAGAAGACAGACCGAGGGCUUUCUAAUAUUUGUAGUAAUGACAAAUUGCUAAACUAGAGAACUAUUGUAGAAUAUUAUAUUAUUUGGAGAAUCUUCCUUGCAUUGAAAAAUUAAUGAACUGGAGAUCGAAGACUGGGGAAAUCAGCUACCAUGUUUCUCCAAAAAUAAGACACCGUCUUAUAUUUAUUUUUCCUCAAAAAAAAAAAAAACCACACCACGGUGGCUUAUUUUCAGGGGAUGUCUUAUUUUCGGGGUAUGGCGUAUUUUCGGAGAAACACGGUAGCAGAGGCAGGAACACCUGAAGGCCCUCUGCCUGGUUCACUGCAACCUCACUUCUCGCAGGGAGGGAACCGCCAGAAGGGCCUCAGAGCUGGACCUUAGUGUCUGGGCUGAACGAUGAGGAUGGAGACGCUCCUUCAGGUAUACUGGGCCGAGGCCAUAUAGGACUUUCAAGGUCAGCACCAACACUUCGAAUUGUGCUCGGAAACGUACUGGGAGCCAAUGCAGGUCAUUCAGGACCGGUGUUACAUGGUCUCAGCAGCCACUCCCAGACACCAGUCUAGCUGCUGCAUUCUGGAUUACUUGUAGUUUCCGCGUCACCUCCAAAGGUAGCCCCACACAGAGAGCAUUGCAGUAGUCCAAAAGCAGGAGAUAACCAGAGCAUGCACCACUCUGGCGAGACAGUCUGCGGGCAGGGAGGGUCUCAGCCUGUAUAUCAACUGCUUCCGGAUGCAACUUUAGCAUGUAGAGGACCCCUAGCUCCUGUGGGAUGGGGGGAUGGGACAAAGAAAAAUAUACCCAAGGAAAUUCCUCCUGAUUCCUGCUUUUGGGGCAGAAGGCAUUGGGAGACCAGAUGCCCCAUGGGCUUUUGAACCACGGAAGCAGAGUUGAGUUCCUCUUUGUCUAACAUAACACACAUGUGGCUCAUUUGGGGGGCCUUUUUCUAAUCCAAAAUAUGUGGGGAUUUUGACACUUAAAUGUUCCCCACAAAAGCAAUUUGUGUAAGUACAGUGGUACCUCGCUAGACGAAUGCCUCACAAGACGAAAAACGCGCAAAACGAAAGCAUUUUGCGAUUCCAAUGGAGACUCGCAAGACGAAGUUUCCUAUGGCGCGCUUCGCAUGACGAAUUUUUUUCGUCCCAUAGGGUGCCUCACAAGACGAUUUUUUUUACCGUCUUGCGAGGCACCCUAUGGGAAACCGCACUUCAAUGCGUUCCUGUGGGAGCCGCUUCACAAAACGAAUUUUUCGCUAUACGAAGCGACUCGCGGAACGAAUUAAAUUCGUCUAGCGAGGCACCACUGUAGUUUCUUGCCCCCAGGGCAGUUUCAGUGUGGCCGAACGUCUGUGGCAGCUGAGGAAAGAGAGAUGCAGGCAAUAGAAGCCAGCAUUCUGCCUAGCGGCUCUUCGAAACGCUGAAUAAACAGGUGGCCCCAAGGCAGACUGGCGGCUGGUCUUCUGGACAUAGUGCCAUUCCAAGCCCCGCCGGUUACCUGCCUUUUUUUCCUCUCCGCUUUGCGGUUGUGACGGUUCCAAAGCGCCCCCUUGGAGGGAGAGCAGGGGUGGUCCAGCGCCUGAUCUGUGACGUCACACCUGUGACAUCACACCGCGUCACAAGGGGGAAUGUAUGGAAUGGUGGGGGAAGCUGAGCUGUGCCGCUCCUCAGCAGGGAGGCUCCAGGUCUCCUCUACCUGCAUGGGAAAUGAUGUUGCCCUGGUGAUGCCAUGAUUUGCACCCUGCCAGUUGGGCAGCGAUCAUGGCAGAUAGUGAGUAGGAAAGCAGGCUGGCAUCUCUCUCUCUCUUGCUCUCUGGAUUAUGGGAUGGUUGGUGAUGAUAGGCCUGGAACCAACUCUGGGUGUGGCCUUCUAUAUGCACCUACCUGUCGAACCUGCUAUUUACCUUCCAGAUUCGACAGGUAGGCUCGAACUCACCAGCUUCUGCCUCAUGGCGCAAACUGCAGCUCGCUCGGAAGUUUCCAGCGCGGGCUAAGAUUUAAACCCCACACAAAGGGGGCUUGUCUCUUUUACAGAGUAAAAGCAGUCUGGUGCUGGCCUCGAGGGAAGAGGUGGGAGUCAGGAUCCAAGCGAGGAGGAGCAAUGAGAAGUAUCCAUUCUAAGUCCAGCUUCAGAGUUAGGGAUAGAUAGGUUCGCCAUAUUUCAAAAAGUGAAAAUCUGGACACAAAAGUUGCUAUUUUUGGCCAAAGUUGAGCUUUUUUUGGGGGGGGGUGUUAUGUCCAGGAAAUUCCAGGCGUUUGGCAGGCCUAGAGAUAGACGUGCCAUUUUGGUUCUUUUCCUUUCUCAUUUCCCCAAACUUAAACCCAGUUCCACAUGUUAGCUUUUUUCAAGUGAUUCUUAUCAGGAGGCAAAAACUGGGUAGUUGAGCCCUUUAAUUUGUUCCGUGCUUUGGGUCUAGUUAGCUCAUCUGACGGACAUCAUGUGACCUCAACAUCAGAAGACCCUCCAGUCAACACACCUGGCAUGAGGUCGCAAGAGGAUGAGCUUUCAGAUACAAGCUUUCAGAUCUUGCACAACCCAAGCUGGCCUUCCGACGCGACAGACCCUCACAGCACAAGUAGCAUUCUGUGUGUCCCCGAUGAAGCCAUCAGGAGGAUUUCCACCAGGACCAAGAGCAAUAGCCUUGCACCCUCUAACACGAGGUAUUUAACCACAGAAGCUCAAGCGAGACUCGAGAGGCUGUCCUUCCAGGGCGAGGAGCUGCUGGGCACCAACGAGAACGAGCUUGUGAUGCAGACGAUGCUAUCAGAAUAUGAGCUGCUCCCGGGAGCGGAAAAUAGCUUUUCUCAAGAGGGACCAGGGAGUGGGCUGCAGCGUUCUUUCGAAGACCAACUUGCCGCUUCCAGGCCUCUCGAAAAUAAGAUAGCGUCCCACCAGGAAUUGCCAGAUGAGGAAGACGAGGACUGGAAGGAAGCGUCGGCAGAAAACCUCCCGGAAGAGAAGGGUUCACAAGAGUGGGUGCUGGCGUCUUCGCCUCCACCAGCACCCAUGCUACCACCGCCACCAGCAGAAGGGGAGUGGGUGACCCCUCUAACAGCCCCAGAGAGGGAAUGGGUGCCCCCUCUGACACCUCCGCAGAGGGGGCGAAUGAGCCCCCCAGUGCCAAGAGAUUCUCUGGAGAGCGAGUGGGUGACAUUCUCGAGGACACUUGUAGAGAGGGAGAGGGAGACCCCGCUGACUCCACCAAAAGAGAGGGGGUCGCAAGUUUCUCUGCCGCCACCCCCUCAAGUGUUGCCUAUCGUUCCACAGCCACGGAAGGAGGACCCUCCGCUAGCAGCGUUCAUGGAAAUAGCCGCCACGCACCAGCCGCUGCUGCCAAGCCCUGAGCCCCAACCAGAGAAAGUGAGGACCCCCCCUCGGCAGACGUCAGAGGAAGAGCCGCUUAUCCCCUGGGCAACAGCCUCAGAUAAUGAGUUUUCGGUUUUCCUGCCGGUGGAAAAGGAAAUAGCCGCCACGCAUCAGCCGCUGCUGCCAAGCCCUGAGCCCCAACCAGAGAAAGUGAGGACCCCCCCUCGGCAGACGUCGGAGCAAGAGCUGCUGAUCCCCUGGGCAACAGCCUCAAAUGAGUUUUCGGUUUUCCUGCCGGAGGAAAAGCCUGAAGCAGCCGCAGAGAAAGUCUCUAAGGAAAAAUUGCUAAGGAACUACGAACCUCCCAUGGCCUCCCGCUCGGGAAAGGAGAUUGUGACCCAAACGGAAACUAAGGCCUGGCCUGCGAGGGUGGACCCAGCCCCUUCAGACAUGACGCGCUUCAAGCCCAAAGCGGCCGUGUUCACCCAGAGGGGAAAGGACAAGACGUUUCACAACGCCAUGGAAGACAUUGCCUCCGAGAUUCAGGAUGCCAGCACUUCCUCCAUGGCAAAUAGCAUCAGCUCGUUUGUGGAGUCCCCGGUCGGGAAGGUCUUUGCAACAACCAUCGACCGAGCCCUGGAAAAGUCUGAGCAGUGGCUGAAUUAUUAUCUUCCUCCACCAGACACCAGCCCCGCUGACGCUAGCGUGAAGAAAGAAGAGCGUGACACGUCGAAAGACGACCUCUGCAAGGAGGGCUGUUUCAUGAGGAUCAGCCUCCUUUCCACCCAGCUGAGAAACCGGGCCUUCAGGUUUGUGCUGCACCGGCUGAAAUCGACCCGCAAGAACACCAACGAACAGCUCUCGCGGCUCGAUCAGGUGUUGGACAUGCUAGAUCAGUCCCUUAGCCCGGGCCCUUCCAGUUUCCAAAAGGUCUCCGAAAGCUUGUCAAACAUUUUGCCGCAGUGGACUACAAAGCUGGAGGCCGCCUCCCAGAAGCAGCCGCCCGGUGGCAUGCAGAGGUCGCUCUCAUUAUUGCCUGAGCAACUGGAGAUGAAAGCUUUGACCAUGACCCGGGUCCUGGCCGACGAGUUGUACACAACCUACCGCAAUCUCCUGCCGCAUGUCGCCGAGCUCCCUUCUCACCUCCAGGAAAAAGUGACUCGGGUCUACGAGAGCAUGGAAGAGCUCCACUCUCAUCUGUCCUCCGUCGCCUCCCUCAGGGAGCUCCCAACCUACCUGAUCCUACAGAGCCGAGAGAGAAUCAACACCGCCAGGGAGAACCUGGACGAGCUGCUAGAUUACAUGGCCCAAAGCCAGCCAGGUCAGUGGCUGUCCCAACCGAGCACUUCCAGGAUAGGGGUUGCCUUGCCGUCGGCUGGGGCCACGCCACCGACAACGGGGAACGUCGAAAGGAAAGGGGAAGAAGGAGGGUCCACGUCCCGGCAGCGUUCACCACCUCGCCCGUCGUCUUCGUAGUCAAAAGAUUUCCAGCUCUAGAACCAGAUGAAGAGUGUUCCUCCAUGGAACUGAAGCUUUUGGGUUACUACAGCUCCAGCUGCGGGCUACUACAGCUCCGGUUUCGUGCAACCCAGGAACCGUUAACCCCACGGAAGCCAACUUCGCCAGCACCAUCCUCCGCCUGUGAUGCAGGCAACUGAUCCCAUUGCAAUUAAAGGUCUCUCCGAAACAAGA